UCGAUUUUAUCGAGCCAAAGUUCAAGCCAAAGCAAAAAAAUGGCCAUCAAUGUUCCAAUGAUGUCGCUAAGAAUCACAUCUUGUCGGACAUGCUUUCAAUGUGCAGGUUACUUUAUCGGCCCGUCGUGGCGUCGAUCACUACCGAGCCCCGGGGCCAGGGGCUACUACUACGGCAGCGGGACGCCCGGAGGCGCUAAGCCGGGUGAGGCGACUCGUGUGCGGGUUGUGGACCUCCGCAGCGACACGGUGACCAAGCCCGGGGCGGCGAUGCGGCGAGCCAUGGCCGAGGCCGAGGUUGGGGACGAUGUGAUGGGGGAAGACCCGACGGUUAACGAGUUGCAGAAGAUUGCAGCCGACAUGUUUGGGAUGGAAGCCGCGCUGUUCGUGCCCACUGGGACCAUGAGCAACCUCAUCGCAGUGAUGGUGCACUGCAGGGAGCGCGGCGAUGAGAUGAUUGUGGGCGACCUGUCCCAUCUACACAUCUACGAGCAAGGAGGGAGCGCCCAGCUGGCCGGCGUCCACGCCACCACAGCCACCACCUUUGCCGACGGCACCUUUGACCUGGACCAGCUGGAGUCCAAGAUCCGCCACGACUACCCGGACCCGCACUACCCGCGCUCACGCCUCAUCUGCGUGGAGAACACACACAACAUACAAGGUGGACGCGUGAUGCCGCUGCACUUCCUGCAGGAGGUGCGGGCUCUUGCCGAUAAAUACUCCCUGGCGGUCCACAUGGACGGAGCCCGGCUGAUGAACGCCGCGGUGGCGCUGGGGGUGUCGGCGUCCUCCAUCCUGCAGCACACACACACUGUUAGCGUGUGUCUCUCCAAGGGAUUAGGGGCCCCGGUGGGAACCAUGCUCGCCGGCCCCAAAGACUUCAUAUCCCGGGCGCUGAGGUGUCGUAAAGCCCUGGGUGGCGGGAUGCGUCAGGCCGGCAUACUUGCGGCGGCGGGGAAACUGGCUUUGCUGGAGAUGGUCGGAAGACUACAAGAAGAUCACAACGAGGCCAAAACGUUCGCCCAAGCUUUGCAGAACUGUGAGCCGCCUCUGUUCGCCGUGGACGUGGCCGCCGUGGAGACCAACAUCCUGCGUUUCGGAACCCGAGAGCCCGCCUUGAGUCCCUCGGAGUUCUGCAGACGCAUGGCCCAGGUCGGCGAGGGGGAAGAGGACGCUUUGGGGCAGGGGGUGCAAGUCCUCAUGUAUCCGCAUUUUGGGAAUUGCGUUAGAGCCGUCUGGCAUCUGGGAAUAUCGCCUGAGGACACGCGCCUGGCCAUCCAGAAGAUGCACUUUGUCGCCCGGCAAUACUCGAGGAAAAAACAAAGGGGAUUGUAAAACAAUUUUUGCGGAAAAUCCAGUCUUGAAAAGUUAGCACAACUUGAAAAAGGACUUCUGUUGCGUAAGGCAGAGAAAAUGUUUAGAACAGGGGCCUCAGACGUUAUUUUGCGGCCCCCAUCUUAAUAAUGUGGUGCCCUGUACCGGGACGCCAGUUUUAUGUGGUCGAAAAGUCCGAAUCUUAAACAGGAACAAUAGAGAGUUUGUUACAACAGUUUUAAUUACUCACAAUCAGAGUAAUUAGUUGGAUUGAAUCAAUAUGAACACAGACAGUGUCUCCGGAGACAAAAGAUGGUGCACCCUCAUGAAAGGAAUUAAUAAGAGCACACAUCAGGCUUGGCCUUCCCUUCUUAUUUAUAUGCUCCUGAUGGCCUAAUUUGUAUCAUAACAACUUAUGUAACUGUCCAAUGUUCAGGGUGACUUGACCUCUCAUGUCGUGUCCCUCCCAAUGCAUUUAGUUUGGAGGUAACCCUAGGACAGAAAUGUUCAAUACUCUAUGACAAAGUUUAAUGUUGGUGCGGCCCGCAAGUUUUAUAUGAAUGGCGCUUGACAGUGUUGUGUUAUUUGGGUCCAAAAUUUGCCCCUUUAACGUUUUGGGUUGCCUACCCUUGCAUUAGUGGAAAAGCGGCAAGACAGAGACGUUGCCAGUGUUGUGUUUUUUGCAUCUAAAAUGGCUCUUACAACGUUCUGGGAUGCCUACCCUUGCAUUAGUGGAAAUGCGGCAAGACAGAGACGUUGCCAGUGUUGUGUCUUUUGCAUUUAAAAUGGCUCUUACAACGUUCUGGGAUGCCUACCCUUGCGUUAGUGGAAAAGCGGCAAGAAAGAGACGUUGCCAGUGUUGUGUUUUUUGCAUCUAAAAUGGCUCUUACAACGUCUGGGAUGCCUACCCUUGCAUUAGUGGAAAAGCGGCAAGACAGAGACAUUGCCAGUGUUGUGUUUUUUGCAUUUAAAAUGGCUCUUACAACGUUCUGGGAUGCCUACCCUUGCGUUAGUGGAAAAGCGGCAAGAAAGAGACGUUGCCAGUGUUGUGUUUUUUGCAUCUAAAAUGGCUCUUACAACGUCUGGGAUGCCUACCCUUGCAUUAGUGGAAAAGCGGCAAGACAGAGACAUUGCCAGUGUUGUGUUUUUUGCAUCUAAAAUGGCUCUUACAACGUUCUGGGAUGCCUACCCUUGCAUUAGUGGAAAAGCGGCAAGACAGAGACAUUGCCAGUGUUGUGUUUUUUGCAUCUAAAAUGGCUCUUACAACGUUCUGGGAUGCCUACCCUUGCGUUAGUGGAAAAGCGGCAAGACAGAGACGUUAGCAGUGUUGUGUUUUUUGCAUCUAAAAUGGCUCUUACAACGUUCUGGGAUGCCUACCCUUGCAUUAGUGGAAAAGCGGCAAGAAAGAGACGUUGCCAUGGAGACGAGGGUUUUCUUACGUGCCUGGCUGCGGUCACACCGCGACACCUGUCCGUCAGUAAUAACGGUCCCCGAGAAUCUGAACCAAUUCAAACCGUUAUUUGUAGAGAUGUCCGAUAAUAUGGGACGGCGUGGCGCGGUUCUGAGAGUGGCCGUGCCAGCAACCUGAGGGUUCCUGGUUCAAUCCCCAACUUCGUCACGUCCGUUGCGUCCUUGAACUUCACCCUUGCUCCUGAUGGGUUGUGGUUAGGGCCUUGCAUGGCAGCUCCCACCAUCAGUGUGUGAAUGUGUGUGUGAAUGGGUGAAUGUGGGAAUAGUAUCAAAGCGCUAUGAGUACUUUGAAGGUAAAAAAGCGCUAUACAAGUAUAACCCAUUAAUAUCGGACUGCCGAUAUUAUCGUCCGAUAAAUGUUUUAAAAUGUAAUAUCAGAAAUUAUCAAUAUCGGUUUUAAAAAGUUAAAUUUAUGACUAUAAAACGCCGCUGUACAGAGUGGUGCACAGACUUAGUGAGAAGUACAGAGCGCCAAUAAACCUUAAAGGCACUGCCUUUGCGUGCCGGCCCAAUCACAUAAUACUCACGGCUUUUCACACACACAAGUGAAUGCAAGGCAUACUUGAUCAACAGCCAUACAGGUCACACUGAGGGUGGCUGUAUAAGCAACUUUAAUACUGUUACAAAUAUGCGCCACACUGUGAACCCACACCAAACAAGAAUGACAAACACAUUUCGAGAGAACAUCCGCACCUAACCGAACAAAUACCCUGAAGCCCUUGCAGCGCUAACUCUUCCGGAACGCUACAAUAUACACCUCCUCAUGCUCUCUAAGGGAGUGCACGUCCCAAGUUCUAAGCUGCUGUUUUGAGGCAUGGUUGGAAAAAAAAAUGCACUUUGUGACUUCAAUAAUAAAUAUGGCAGUGCCAUGUUGGCAUUUUUUUCCCAUAACUUGAGUUGAUUUAUUUUGGAAAACUUUGCUACAUUGUUUAAUGCCUCCACUGGGGCAUCACAACAAAAUUAGGCAUAAUAAUGUGUUACUUCCACGACUGUAUAUAUCGGUCGAUAUCGGAAUCUGUAAUUAAAAGUUGGGCAAUAUCGGAAUAUCGGAAAAAAGCCAUUAUCGGACAUCUCUAGUUAUUUGUUUUUUUAUUGUGUAAUUGUCAUUGCCUCACACGAUGAACACUACCUAUAUUUCUAUAUGACGCUGGGUAACACUUCGGGAGCCAUCAUUUUUUUGCGCCCGCUAUCCUGGUACUUUCCCGGCUAUUAUAUGCCGAUUGCCGUGUUGCUGUGGGGAGGAAAAGCGGAGCGACACACAUUGCGGAAAUAACAUUUUUCUUCGUGCGUAGAAAAUAAUAGGUCAGGGAAGAGAAUACUAUCCACACAGUGUCAGGUUCAAACACUGAUGACAUCUAUUAAACAGACAAGAAGCAAGGAAUCAUGCAGAGACAGAGUUCAAUUAAAGUCAAUGAGGAGAGACGUGUUUUGGGCUGUACUCUAGUUACAGAUCCAAACUACCUUCUAAAAGUCCAGCCCGCGUGCUUCCUCCCUUUAUUUUGGAAAGUCCCUGCUUACAUCACUGAAGCUGUCGCUGAGGGAAGGAGGUAAUCUCCACAACUCCGGUUAGACACAAUACAUGAUUAUACAAAAAUGCACAUGUGUUGACGCUGGUGCUAUGCCCCCGUCUUCGCGUUGUCUGCGUCCCGGUACCAGAUGUUCGGCCUUGGCAGUCAGCAGGCCGAUUGUGGACACAACACUGAUGGAGACGGCUGGCUUGCAAUCUUUUGGAUUGCCAGCUUUGCUCAGACAAAGUGUCAUGUUUGUUUGUCCUCUCAAUCGUUCUGUUGGUUGCUAUUCUGAAUGUUGGGUUUUGGUAUUGUAUUAUUUUGUUGGAUUGAUUAAUAAAUAAAUACAAAAAAAACGAGUUUGACACCCUUGUAUUUGUGCAACGUUUAACUUUGCUUAACCCAUUCCAUAACUCAGUUUCAUAUACUGAAAUGCUAAUGUACUUAAAGUCCUACUGAAAGCCACUACUAGCGACCACGCAGUCUGAUAGUUUAUAUAUCAAUGAUGAAAUAUUAACAUUGCAACACAUGACAAUACGGCCGCUUUAGUUUACUAAAUUGCAAUUUUAAAUUUCGCGCUGAGUUUCUUGUUGAAAACGUCGGGUAUGAUGACGCGUGUUUGUGACGUCUCGGGUUGUCGCGGACAUAUUAGCCCAGCACCACUUAUGACUAAAAGUUGUCUCUUUUCAUCACAUAAUUACACAGUAAUUUGGACAUCUACUUUGCUGAAUCUUUUGCAAUUUGUUCAAUUAAUAAUGGAGACGUCAAAGAAGAAUGCUGUUGGUGGAAAGCGGUGGAUUGCAGCUGCCUUUAGCAACCGAAACACAGCCGGUGUUUCUUUGUUUGUUGUGAAGCUUUAACACAGAGCAGUCAAGCGAACAUGUUUCUCUACGUCAGUGGUUGUCAAAUGGGGGUACUUGGAGGUAUGCCAAGGGGUAUGUGAGAUUUUUCAAAAACAUUCUAAAAAUAGCAACAAUUCAAAAAUCCUUUAUAAAUAUAUUUAUUGAAUAAUACUUCAACAAAAUAUGAAUGUAAGUUCAUAAAGUGUGAAAAGAAAUGCAACAAUGCAAUAUUCAGUGUUGACAGCUAGAUUUUUUGUGGACAUGUUCCAUAAAUAUUGAUGUUAAAGAUUUAUUUUUUUGUGAAGAAAUGUUUAUAAGUAAGUUGAUGAAUCCAGAUGGAUCUCUAUUACAAUCCCC